AUGGCGUUUGGGACACGACAGCUUAAGUAUGAGCAGGUCGGCUCGGACGAAGAUGGAAACAGACGGUAUGCUGAUGACGGACUGUAUGCUGAUGACCGACUGUAUGCUGAUGGCAAACUGUAUGCUGAUGACAGACUGUAUCCCGAUGACAAACUGUAUGCCGAUGACAGACUGUAUGCUGAUUACAGACUGUGUGCUGAUGACAGACUGUAUGCUGAUGACAAACUGUAUGCUGUUGACAGAAUGUAUCCUGAAGAAAGACUCUACGCUGAUGACAAACUGUAUGCGGAUUACAGACUGUAUGCUGAGGACAGACUGUAUGCUAAUGACAAACUGUACGCUGAUAAAAAAAUACUGUUUGCUGAUGACAGACUGUAUGCUGAUGACAAACUGUAUGCUGAUGAAAAACUGUAUGCUGAUUACAGACUGUAUGCUGAUGACAGACUGUUUGCCGAUGACAGACUGUAUGCUGUUGACAGACUACUGUUUGCUGAUGACAGACUGUAUGCUGAUGACAAACUGUAUGCUGAUGAAAAACUGUAUGCUGAUUACAGACUGUAUGCUGAUGACAGACUGUUUGCCGAUGACAAACUGUAUGCUGUUGACAGACUACUGUUUGCCGAUGACAGACUUUAUGCUGUUGACAGACUGUAUGCUGAUGACAAACUGUAUCCUGAUGAAAAACUGUAUGCUGAUUACAGACUGUUUGCCGAUGACAAACUUUAUGCUGAUGAAAGACUACUGUUUGCCGAUGACAGACUGUAUGCUGUUGACAGACUGUAUGCUGAUGACAGAUUGCAUGAUAAUGGCAGACUGUAUGCUGAUGAAAGAUUGUAUGCCAAUGACAGACUGUAUGCCGAUGACAGACUGUAUGCUGUUGAAAGACUGUAUGCCGAUGACAGAUUGUAUGUUGUUGACAGACUGUAUGUUGAUGACAGAUUGUAUGCCGAUGACAGACUGAAUGCUGAAGACAGAGUGUAUGCUGUUGAUAAACUGUUUGCUGUUGACAGACUGUAUGCCGAUGACAGACUGUAUGCUGUUGACAGAUUGUUUGCCGGUGACAGACCGUAUGCUGUUGACAGACUGUAUGCUGAUGACCGAUUGUAUGCUGAUGACAGAUUGUAUGCUGUUGACAGACUGUAUGCUGAUGACAGAUUACGGUAUGCUGAUGACGGACUGUAUGCUGAUGACCGACUGUAUGCUGAUGGCAAACUGUAUGCUGAUGACAGACUGUAUCCCGAUGACAAAGUGUAUGCCGAUGACAGACUGUAUGCUGAUUACAGACUGUGUGCUGAUGACAGACUGUAUGCUGAUGACAAACUGUAUGAUGUUGACAGAAUGUAUCCUGAAGAAAGACUCUACGCUGAUGACAAACUGUAUGCGGAUUACAGACUGUAUGCUGAGGACAGACUGUAUGUUGAUGACAGACUGUAUGCUAAUGACAAACUGUAUGCUGAUGAAAAACUGUAUGCUGAUUACAGACUGUUUGCUGAUGACAAACUACUGUAUGCUGAUGACAGACUGUAUGCUGAUGACAGACUGUUUGCCGAUGACAGACUGUAUGCUGUUGACAGACUACUGUUUGCCGAUGACAGACUUUAUGCUGUUGACAGACUGUAUGCUGAUGACAAACUGUAUCCUGAUGAAAAACUGUAUGCUGAUUACAGACUGUUUGCCGAUGACAAACUGUAUGCUGAUGACAGACUACUGUUUGCCGAUGACAGACUGUAUGCUGUUGACAGACUGUAUGCUGAUGACAGAUUGCAUGAUAAUGGCAGACUGUAUGCUGAUGAAAGAUUGUAUGCCAAUGACAGACUGUAUGCCGAUGACAGACUGUAUGUUGUUGAAAGACGGUAUGCCGAUGACAGAUUGUAUGUUGUUGACAGACUGUAUGUUGAUGACAGAUUGUAUGCCGAUGACAGACUGUAUGCUGAAGACAGAGUGUAUGCUGUUGAUAAACUGUUUGCUGUUGACAGACUGUAUGCCGAUGACAGACUGUAUGCUGUUGACAGAUUGUUUGCCGGUGACAGACCGUAUGCUGUUGACAGACUGUAUGCUGAUGACCGAUUGUAUGCUGAUGACAGAUUGUAUGCUGUUGACAGACUGUAUGCUUAUGACAGAUUGUAUGCUGAUGACUGA